AAAUAAUAUCAUAGGCCCCACCUAUUAUGGCCCCACUAAACCCGGAAACGUUCACUAUAUAAAGAUGCCCUUGUGCUACUUCAACACUCAUCCUUCUCAUUUCUUCAUAUUUCUCCGUAAACUCUUCGUUUUUAUGCUACGCUUUUCCUUUAUUCAUUAAUUUUCUCUUUUUUUAUUUUCUUACUCAUCAACCAUAUUCUGGUGUGUAUUAAUCAGCCUCUUAAAAUUUUAGUUACUAAGCGAUAUGGAAAACGGGAACGGAAACAGAAACGUGGUUAUGCCCGGGAAGGGGCUAACGAGAAUACAAACAAAUGGAAGCGGGAAAAAGGGGAAUGAAGUUUGCCAUGAUGAUAGUUCAUUACCGGUGAAGGCUCAAACCAUUGACGAACUUCAUUCCUUACAGAAGAAAAAAUCAGCGCCCACAACCCCAAUCACCGGUUCCUCGUUUGUUGCCACUUUUGCCAUGUCCGAAGAGGAACGCCAACGACAGCAACUCCAAUCCAUUAGUGCGUCAUUGGCGUCUUCGGCAAGAGAGACAGGGCCAAAGGUGGUAAGAGGAGACCCGGGAAAGGCUUUUAAGCAUGUGCAUCAUCACCCGGUUGUUCCGACGAUCAGCGUCAGUGACAGCGCUCUCAAAUUUACUCAUGUCCUCUACAACCUAUCCCCGGCGGAACUGUAUGAGCAGGCAAUCAAAUAUGAAAAAGGGUCGUUUAUUACAUCAAAUGGUGCAUUGGCAACAUUAUCAGGAGCAAAAACAGGGAGAGCUCCUAGAGACAAGCGUGUUGUAAAGGAUGAGACUACUGAGGAUGAGCUUUGGUGGGGCAAAGGUUCGCCUAACAUUGAGAUGGACGAACAUACCUUCAUGGUUAACCGAGAGAGGGCUGUUGAUUAUUUGAAUUCUUUAGACAAGGUAUUCGUGAACGAUCAGUUUCUCAACUGGGAUCCACAGAACAAAAUUAAAGUAAGGAUUGUAUCUGCAAGAGCUUAUCAUUCUCUGUUCAUGCACAACAUGUGCAUCCGACCUACACCCGAGGAACUAGAGGAUUUUGGUACUCCAGACUUCACUAUAUACAAUGCAGGAAAGUUCCCAUGUAAUCGUUAUACCCAUUACAUGACAUCCUCGACUAGCAUAGACCUUAAUCUUGCUAGAAGGGAGAUGGUCAUCCUCGGCACUCAGUAUGCUGGGGAGAUGAAGAAAGGUCUUUUCAGUGUAAUGCAUUAUCUCAUGCCUAAGCGUCGAAUUCUUUCUCUCCAUUCUGGCUGCAAUAUGGGAAAAGAUGGUGACGUGGCCCUCUUCUUUGGCCUAUCAGGUACUGGGAAAACUACUCUGUCAACCGAUCAUAAUCGUUACUUGAUUGGUGAUGAUGAGCACUGCUGGAGUGAUAAUGGUGUAUCAAAUAUCGAAGGUGGUUGUUAUGCUAAGUGUAUUGAUCUGUCAAGGGAAAAAGAGCCUGAUAUUUGGAAUGCCAUCAAAUUUGGAACUGUGCUUGAGAACGUGGUAUUCGAUGAGCACACUCGUGAAGUAGAUUACACAGACAAAUCCGUUACAGAGAAUACUAGAGCAGCCUACCCUAUUGAGUUUAUUCCAAAUGCUAAGAUACCGUGUGUUGGACCUCACCCGAAGAAUGUCAUACUGUUGGCUUGUGAUGCUUUUGGUGUGCUCCCACCUGUGAGCAAGUUGAACCUUCCUCAAACCAUGUACCAUUUCAUCAGUGGUUACACCGCUCUGGUGGCUGGCACGGUAGAUGGAAUAAAGGAGCCAACGGCAACAUUCUCAGCCUGCUUUGGUGCAGCUUUCAUAAUGAUGCAUCCUACUAAGUAUGCUGCGAUGCUUGCUGAAAAGAUGCAGAAGUACGGCGCCACAGGGUGGCUUGUCAACACUGGUUGGUCUGGUGGAAGGUAUGGUGUGGGUAGUCGUAUCAAGUUGCAAUACACACGUAAGAUAAUCGAUGCCAUACACUCAGGCACCCUGCUGAAUGCAAACUACAAGAAGACGGAAGUCUUUGGGCUUGAGAUCCCAACUAAAAUAGAGGGAGUACCUUCAGAAAUCCUUGAUCCUAUUAACGCUUGGCCGGAUAAGGAUGCUUACAAGGACACACUGUUAAAACUGGCUGGACUAUUUAAGAACAACUUUGAGGUGUUCACAAACUACCAGAUCGGCAAGGACAACAAGUUCACAGAGGAGAUUGUUUCAGCCGGUCCUAUCUUCUAAUUUGGUACUUGAAAUGAUCAAAAAGCUUGGUCUUAGGGCUAAGGUGUUGAGACUAUGUAUGGCAAUUCGGAAUAUGAUUUUUGUCAUUGCUAGAUAGAAGAGAAUGUGAUGGUGUAACAUUCAAAUGCAUUUAUAAUUUACUAACUAGAAACUCCGUUAUUCUAUACUCUAUUAUGAAGUUGUUAGGAAAUACAGGGUGUAAUUGUGUUUGAUUAAUGCGGAACAAGUCAAUGAAAACUAAGAACAAGAAAAGCAAUAAAAAAGAUAAACAAAGACCACAAGGAUUUACGUGGUUCGUUGAAAUUAGACCUACAUCCACGGGUGAGGGAUUCGAGAGCUUCUUCACUAUAUUGGAGAAAAAAAAAAAAGAGAGAAUAAUACAAGGAGUCCUAAAUCUAAUGGCUCAAAAGGUAUGAUCUAGGGUCCUUUUAUAACACAAAGAAACCCUAAUAAAACUUUAAAUUGUUCUCAAGUAUACUCAAAUAGCCGUCAUAAAAAAG